AUGAAGCUCUCUGGUGCUCUCGUGGUGCUUGGGGUUGUCCUGCUCCUGACAUCUGGGGGAAACUGCGGCAUUUGCCCAGCUAUAAAAGAGGACAUUGAAAUUUUUCUGGACCAGUCUGUGACUGACUAUGUCAACUUCAUUAAACAAUACAAGGAGGACACUGCCACACUGAAAAACGCUGAAAAGCUGAAGAAAUGCGCUGAUGACAAGUUCACAGAGGAAGACAAGGAGAGUAUAAAGAGUUUGCUGAAGAAAAUAGAAGCUUCGAUAGCGUGUUGAUGAAUUUAUCUUUGCCAGAAGACUCAAGGAAACCACUUGCCUGCUCACCUGCCUAGAUGCAGCAAACCUACCCCUCCCCUCCAGGUGUCUUAAAAACAGGAUUCCAACAAUAAAAGCCUUGCAAUUCA